AUGGUUGAUGAAGUAACGAAAAAGACACUAGCGGCCAUUCCGCAGCUGAAAACCAGAGCAGGACCCAGGGACGGUGACCUAUGGGUUCAGAGGCUGAAAGAGGAAUAUUUAGCAUUGAUCAAAUACGUUGAAAAUAACAAAGAAGCCGACAAUGAUUGGUUCCGAGUCGAGUCCAACGCGAAUGGAACACGUUGGUAUGGAAAAUGUUGGUACAUACACGACAUGAAGAAAUACGAGUUUGACUUGAAUUUCGACAUCCCAGUAUCAUACCCGAGCACCAAUCCCGAACUGGCUCUCCCAGAGUUAGAUGGGAAAACUGCUAAAAUGUACCGUGGGGGAAAGAUUUGCCUUACUGACCACUUCAAGCCUCUAUGGAGCCGAAACGUCCCGAAAUUCGGUAUUGCCCACGCGAUUGCCUUGGGUCUUGGUCCUUGGAUGGCUGUUGAAAUACCAGACCUAAUCUCCAAAGGAAUAGUUAAACACAGAGAUGACGAAUGA